CAAAGAGCUCUUCCAACCUAAGCUCAAUAAAUCGAUUGUCGUAUCCCACCUCAUCGUUUGAGGAUCUCAGUGACAAUUCCUCUCUCAAAUAGUGCCUAGCAGAGACGCCCUGUUUGAUGGAGAUGGACCAGCAGCCCCUGGAUGUCGAGACUUCCGCCGAGGAAGUUUUGAAGAGCUGGGAAACCCGGGAUCGAGAGUUCGAGAAAGACGAAUCAAGCACUCUGGCACAGCAUAAUCUCGACGAGAGCAGCACGCGAACCAAGAUUACGCAUGUCGAGGCUUUUGGCUUCGGCUUCAUCGGAGGUGUCCUUUCAGUGGCAUACGGAUCUUGGGGUAGCCAGCCGGCAGCCCUUCUGGUGAUGCAAUUCAGCUUUCGCGCAAAGGAGAGGUCUCGCAGAUAUCAGAGCUCCGAGAUUUCGAUACGCUUUGAAUCCCGAAGCCAUUCUUCUACCAGGCUGCCGAGUGUAGGGCCCCCUAUCGUGCAAUCGUGGCACCCAACGAACAAUCGAAAAACACCUUCACUCACAGAUCCCCUCAAAGGCAAUCGAAGUCAUGCCCCUCCAUCCGCCUCUACUUCCGCCUUAAAUCCAAGCCAAUCGGCAAGGCAAUCGCCUUGGCCAAUACAAGAGUUUUGGAUUCGAGGGAGGACGUGGUCUCGCAAGACUAGUCAUGAUGCACACGAAGUUUUGUGGAGUGUGACCGAGGCUGAGGGCAGCGUCACUGGCAUUUCUGAACCGAUCAGACUAGCCGUUAUUGUGACGUAUCCAGGACCCUUUCUCGCCGUCGUUGACGUUAAGGCAACAACAGGAUUUGGCCUGAAAAUGAGAAACCUCCCCUGGUCUCGCGACGAUCCACUUCUUUUCGACGGCCAGACUGCCAAGGGAAAAUCUCCGCCGGCGUCAGAUUUUCACGCCAUGAACGAUGAAGAGAUCUUGAGGUACAUCUCUGACCCAGAUAUAUCCUCUCCGGGCGCCUCACUAGCUCUCAGCAAAUCACUCGAUAACCAGAGCAAGACGUUGAAGCAAUCAACUGCGGCGGUCAAGGCCGGCUCUGCGUCGAGAAAGGUGUAUAGAGUUCGCGGACUUCCUCUUUUCUGGAGUAGGCCUUUCUUCAUUGGGAUAGUGUCUGCUUCCAUUGCAGUAAGGGAAGAUUCUGCAAGGGUUCAUUCCUAUACACAAAAUCCCUACAGGCCCGAAAGAAUGGCCAUAGUAUCACUCGACUCUCACGGCGAGGUGCUGACUCCCAACACAAAAAUGGAAUGGCUCAUACAAGUUAAGCUGCCAAACCAGGAAGCGACGCCCAAAAAGUUGCAUGAAAAACCCAUUCAGCUUAUUUUCGACUCUCAUUUCUAUGGAUUUUCGGAAUUAGGACUACUCUCCACAUAUACCUCAGCACGUAUUGCCGAUAUUAUUGCGAUACCUGGCUUGGGUGGACAUGCUUACGGCUCAUUCAAAGAGCGGGGUGGAAUGCAUAUGUGGCUAGAAGACUCGCUUCCGUCAGAUUUGCAGAAGUCCGUUCAAGAAGCCCUAAAAUUGGGUCCAGCCAGGAUCCUCAUCUACGGAUAUGAUACCCACCUUGAAAAUAGCCAGUCUUUCCAGACGAUUCAGGAUUUGGCGGGUCAACUAAGAAUGUCUCUGCGAGCCAUACGGCAAGCAACGUUGUGUAUGCGGCCGAUAAUUUUCGUCGGCCACAGCUUGGGUGGGAUUUUGAUCAAACAGGCAAGUUUUUAUCUCUUAAUCUUGCUGAGCAAAGGUGACGAAAUAGAUCAAUGCAACUUUAAGUCAACUCGUGGCGCCUUGUUCUUUGGCGUCCCAAAUUGUGGAAUGGAGAAUACAUCAUUGGUCACAAUGAUGGAGGCGCAGGCCAACCGCGACUUUAUUAACUCACUCAGUAUCGGUUCUCCGUUUAUCAAGCAACAGUCCGAGUCUUUCCCGCCCCUGUUUGAUUUCCGCGACUCCAUAAUAUUUUCGUUUUAUGAGACUCGUGUGACACCCACAGCGACGAUGGUAAAUGGAAAACUGGCAAUGAACGGAGAUCUAAUGGUUCUGGUUGAUAAAGAUUCCGCAACUCAUGGCCGUCCAUGGGAGAUGGAUUCACGCUUCGUCAUAGCCAUCGACCGCAAUCAUUCCGACUUGGUCAAAUUCGAGCGAUACAGUGAUGAUUAUGAGCGGGUUCUUGCUUGUAUUCGGCUGCUGCUGGAGAACUCAGCAGACAUAGUGUCGCGCCGCUUUAAUGAUUGUCCCCCUCCUUGAUUAUGCAGGGUCCUCUUAUACAUAGCACUAAGUACACUUGUAGUGUUGUUUAUGAGAGAAUAUUUAGACUUUUGUUAUCGAAUACCAUACCUGCUUGAUAGGUGUUAAGCUACAAAACGC